CUGAGUUACACUGGAUUCCACCAUUGGGAAGUCUGUACUCUGGCUUCCAGUAUUUUUUCUUCUGAUUUGGUGACACUCAAGCUAAGCUUGUCUACAACUAACAAUGAAUAACUUCCAGGAUACUAUGGAUCACACACAAGAAAAUGAAAUUCUUGUAGCAACCCAAACAUAUUCUGUGGAGCGGCCCAUCUAUAGCUAUCCAGCCCUACAUGGGAAGCUACACAAAAAGGACAAGGUUCCUGACCCUAUCGGAGAUAAGAUAAAACGAGCUUUAAGCUGUACUCCUAAGAAAAUAAGGAAUAUUAUCUAUAUGUUCUUGCCCAUAUGUAAAUGGUUGCCAGCUUAUAAACCAAGGGAAUAUGUAUUUGGGGACUUUGUCUCAGGUAUAAGUACAGGGGUGUUACACCUUCCUCAAGGUUUAGCUUUUGCAAUGUUGGCAGCUGUACCUCCAAUAUUUGGCCUGUAUUCUUCAUUUUAUCCUGUUAUCCUAUAUUGUUUUUUUGGAACUUCCAGGCACGUCUCCAUAGGGCCCUUUGCUGUGAUUAGCCUGAUGAUUGGUGGAGUAGCUGUCCGAUUAGUUCCUGAUGACAUGUACGUAGGUGGAGGAGGUGCUAAUUCAACCAAUGGUACAGAAGAAAGAGAUGCUAUGAGAGUAAAAGUUGCCAUGUCAGUGACUUUGCUUUCAGGAAUCAUUCAGUUUUGCUUGGGUGUCCUGCGGUUUGGAUUUGUGGCCAUAUACCUAACUGAGCCCUUAGUCCGUGGUUUCACGACUGCAGCAGCUGUACACGUCUUCACUUCCAUGCUAAAAUAUCUGUUUGGAGUGAAGACAAAGCGACACAGUGGACCCUUUUCAGUUGUCUAUAGUACUCUUGCUGUGAUAGCAAAUGUCAAAAAACUCAACAUAUGUUCCCUCGUCGUUGGGUUGAUGUGUUUUGCUUUGCUUCUGGGCGGCAAGGAGUUUAAUGAAAGAUUUAAAAACAAAUUGCCAGCACCUAUUCCUCUAGAGAUUGUCGCAGUGAUAAUAGGAACUGGCAUUUCAGCAGGAUUUAAUUUAGAAGAAUCAUACAAAGUGGAUGUUGUUGGAUCACUCCCACUGGGGUUAUUAGCUCCAGCUACUCCAGAUUCCAGCCUCUUCCAUCUUGUCUAUGUUGAUGCUAUUGCCAUUGCAAUUGUUGGAUUUUCAGUGACCAUCUCAAUGGCCAAAAUCUUCGCAGUUAAACACGGCUACCAGGUUGAUGGGAAUCAGGAACUCAUCGCCCUUGGCAUAUGUAAUACCAUUGGAUCACUUUUCCAGACUUUCUCCAUUUCAUGUUCCUUGUCUCGGAGUCUUGUUCAAGAGAGUACUGGAGGAAACACACAGCUUGCAGGUUGCUUAGCCUCUUUAUUGAUUCUAUUGGUUAUAUUGGCCAUUGGCUUUCUCUUCGAAUCAUUGCCCCAGGCGGUGCUGUCGGCCAUUGUGAUUGUGAACUUGAAAGGAAUGUUUAUGCAGUUCUCAGAUCUCCCCUUUUUCUGGAGGACCAGCAAAAUAGAACUGACUAUUUGGCUUACCACUUUUGUUUCCUCCCUGUUCCUUGGAUUAGACUAUGGUCUAAUAACUGCAGUGAUAAUCGCUCUGAUGACUGUUAUUUACAGAACACAAAGUCCAACCUAUACAGUUCUUGGUCAGCUUCCCAACACGGAUGUAUAUAUUGAUAUAGAUGCAUAUGAAGAGGUGAGAGAGCAUGCUGGGAUAAAAAUAUUCCAAAUAAAUGCCCCAAUUUAUUAUGCCAAUAGUGACUUAUAUAGUAAUGCACUAAGCAGAAAGACGGGAGUUAACCCAGCACUCAUAAUGGCAGCAAGGAGAAAAGUCCUGAAGAAGCAUGCCAAGGAAUUAGGGACCAAAGGCAAACCCCAAUCUUCGGUUGUUAAAGUUGAUGAGGAUGCUGAAGCAGGUGGGGAAGAAGAUGCAAAACAAGAAGAACAGAUAGAGGAAAAUGCAAAACCGAUGACAAUUGAUUCACUGGUCCAAAAAACAUUUCCAGAAGAACUGGAAAGAUUUUUGCCCCCAGGGCCAAACGUUCACACUAUGAUUUUGGAUUUCUCACAAGUCAAUUUUAUUGAUUCAGUUGGAGUAAAAACUGUAUCAGGGAUCCUAAAAGAAUAUGGAGAUGUUGGUAUUUAUGUAUAUUUAGCUGCAUGCAGUGCCCAAGUUGUAAAUGACCUCACCCGAAACAGGUUUUUUGAGAAUCCUUGUGUAAAGGAGCUACUAUUCCACAGCAUUCAUGAUGCUGUUUUAGGCGCUAAAGUUCGAGAAGCCCUUGCACAGCAAGAAGCCUUAGCCCCACCUCCAGAGGAGGACUCGGAGCCGAUCACUGACCCGGAGACAUAGAAAAGGCAUUAAACAGCCUCCUGUAAAACUAGGUAGACGUUUUGAACAGCAGACAUUAAGGAUUUUCACUUUCGUAGGUAAAUUCUAUUAGUUGAGAACUGCUUGAUUUGGAGGGUGAAUGAAGCAUCUCAAGAUGUGUCACUUGUAUUUUUUCUGUCCAAUUAUUUCUCGAAAAAAUUAUUCAACCUCUUCUGCUUUGUGCAUAGAAUUUACAUCUACUUCUGUAUACAGUUAGUAUAUACAAUGUUCCUUUCUAAUGAGGAUGAGCCCCUGCCAGGUGAGUGGAGGUGUGUUGGUUGAUUUCUCAAUCUGAUCAGAUAGCCUUUAAUAGACAUGACUGAAGGGUAGAGAAAAGUACACUUUUCUAUUCCAGUACUUUUUUUUAAACAAAAGUAGAACACAAUAAAGUAUAAAUAUUAAAGAGUGAAGUAGGUAGGUACAAUUUGGUACCUUUCUCAGCAAUGUAGGUAAUCAGUCACAGGUUAAUUUAACCCUGGUUUAGUCCUCAGGUUUAAACACUUCUUUCAACUUGUCCUGAAUCUUUAUACUCAAAGCAGAAAUCCCUUUCUGAUGUAGCUAGGCUACUUCAGGUCACUUUGACGUCAAAAGCUCUUACUGUUGCACUUAUUACUGUGAUGAGACCUGCUUGCUUGUUGGCAUCUAAUCAGGUAAAAGGCCUUCAAGCAAAAGAAGCACAUUUCCUGGCAACAGUGAGUUUUCCUUUUCUAAUUCCCUGGUGUCUUCCUUUCUCAGCCAGCCUAAUAAGAAAUGCCAGAGGAAGAGAUGUCUGUCCUUUGGUUCCUACCUUGCCUUCUUCUCCAGAUUAGUACAUAGCAAUGUGACAUUGCUGAUCUGAAUGAAAUCUUAAAUCUUCUUCCCUUAUUUCAAAUCAAAAUAUUUCUCAGUCACUUUGCUAUUGCUACUUCCACAUGCCCUAAUCAACUUUCCCUUGGUCUCUAUGUUGUCCUCUCCUUAAUAACCAUCAUACACACAUCUGCUUUCUGAUACAGACUGCCUUCUGAAAGAGCAUGUAGUUACAAAAUUUGUUUAUUCUAGAAACUGUUUUCUAAAAGGUCUGUCAUCUUUUUCAGUAUCAGUGAUUUAAACAGAACUUAAUAAGGAUUUUAAACAGAUAUAAUGUGGUUUGGACCACAUAUGCUUCAGCACCAAAAAAGGUCUUAAAGCAGUACCUUGCACAUUAUAGGUGCUAAAUAUUUGUUGAUUGGUUAACUAAUUCUCUAUCUUACAAUAUUUUAACCUUUUCUGCAUUUUUUAUUUCUGUAUCAUAUUAUUUCUAUUCUUUGUUUUUAACAGAAUUUUGACAUGUAUAUAAAAACUGUUGGAGAACGUCCUGUGUGAAGGGAGGGGAAUGUAUUUUACUAAAAUCAGUUAUUUUUGUUUCUUCGAAUCUGUUAACACUCAAAAAUCAAGGUCCCUUUUGGGUAAAACAUUUAUGCAGGAUAGUGAGAUGUAUUAAAAUUACUUAUUUUUACAGCAAAUGGGAUGUAUUAAAAUUACCUAUUUUUACAAGUAGGAUUUAGGGAUUUUACUAUAGAGGGGCUUUAUUUUCUUUAUUGCUUUGAUACCCCAAGACAUUCAAGUUACUACUUCUAUGGCUUUCCAUACUUCAUAUCAUUCUGCCGUCAGAUUUAGAAAGUCAUAGAUGAUUUUUAGGUUAAUAUUACCCAAUUUCUGUUCCAAGCAAUUUAUUAAUGGGUCUGGGGCCUCUCUCCUGCCAUUGUAAUCUUUUGUUAUGAUCUGGAGGAUUCUUGUAGUAAGGAUAGACCUGUGAAAAAGAGUAGUGGUUCAAUACAGCCUGCCCAAGUCCUACUCCAAGUGAAGUUACCAUUGCUGAUCUAUACAGAAGUAUGAGUAUGAUGUCAGUGUAUGAAUACAUGUUUGAUUUUCAGCAAAGGGGUCAGGGAAUUCUCAGUACCAGGCAGAGGCUACCUCUAGAGUAUUGCAAGUGGGAGUGUUACUAUCAGUAAUUAGCAAUUCACAUUUACAUUGUGCUUUACAAUUUACAAAGUGUUUUCUUUCUAACUCGAUGAGGUAGGUAGGGUAUUGUCCCCACGUUAGGGAUAAGGAAACUGAACCCAAGAGGUUUGUUGAAGCACUAGUAUCAUGGAAAUGGCAUUCAGCUUGGAAAUACGAUCUAGGUGGGCUCAAACUGCAGCUCUGACACUAGCUGUGAUCGUGGGCAAGUCACUUAAGAUCUCUUGAAAUUGUUUCCUCAACUGAAAAAAAAGCGUGUAAGAACUGUAGCACUUCCUUUACUAAGUCGUUGUUUGGAUAAAAUGAGAUAGCAUAGGCAAAACACUCUGCAAAUGGUAAAGUGCCACAUAAAUGUCAGCUAUUCAAAUGAUGUGCUCACCACACAGCCUAGUCCAUGGUGGAACACAUCUUCAUAUCAGUUUAAUGCUCUCCAUACCAUCGAUGUUGCUUCUCAGAGCUCAAGUACACAAGGAUGAAUAUGAUUCCUCUCUAGGUGCUCCUAUAUGCUGCUUAUUCCUGCAGGCUUUAUUCUAAAUACCAUAUUCCGUAUACCUCCUUAUUCAUAUAGCUGCCUCUAUAGAAAUGAGGAAAAGUGUCUGUUUCUGUGUAAUAACUGACAUUUUUGGUGUGGGGAGUAUAUUGUCUCCUCAGGUAUGUGUGUCUAAGAACAGGUAGGGUAGGAAGACCAAAAUAAGGCAAUAAAUUAAA